CAUUCAUUCCCGGAAGAUGCACAUUACCAGUUGUUUCUCUCUGUGUCAAUUCUUAUCAGUCCGUGGAGUACAGGCGAGCAAAGCAAACGGCACUUUCGUCCGCAAAAUUACGCGUUUGAGCCUACCAGUUUUCAAAUGAACACCUGCGAGUGAGUAACGUUUUAUAAAACGCAUUUAUUGUCCAGCCUGUUUGAUGUUAAUCUCUCGUUAAUGACAUAAAAUUUCUCCUUUUUGUUUCGUACUUUUAAAGAAGCGGGAUAUGAUGUAAAAUAAAAAGUAACUUAAUUUCAACGCCGAACCUGUCCUGCCCCCUCGGUGCUGACAGGCGAACUUGCAGGGCUUUUGCCAAACUUUGUUGUCGGGCCAAUUAUUUCCCAGGAAAAUGUGACUGCUAGGAAUUCCCCACGCAUCAGCAGCCUCUGUCGGAGAAAACCGCGACCUUGUGUCAGGAAAGCACACGAAAGCAGCAACGGGAGGGUAAAAUCUGACGGCUGCCAGAGCGAUGAUGUAGCUUUAGCACCGUUACAGCCUGCCGACUCGCACUAAAAGGAGUCAUUAUGUAUUUGGACGUUUUAUGAUGUGAAGUACCUGUAGAAAGCCCCGGAUUGUGCUUCAGUGAUGACAUCUUCUUCCAAGGUGUAGAUGCGCCAGGCGCAGCGGGGUCUGGCCUCUGUGUCGGAGAGAGACGAGGCUCUCCAGUGAAACCUCGACUCUCUCUCACAUUCAGCUCGAGCCGCGCAGCAUCAGAAAACAGGAAGACACAGAGGCUAUUUACUGAGGUGAAGCAGCAGCAGCAGAAAGAGGAGGAGCAGGAGGAGGAGCCAUCAUCACAGUGGGGACAUUUCAGCCUGGUCCCCGCCCUCUGAACUCCUCUGCCAUGACGACUGCAGUACAGCCCAGCGAACUGGUGUUUGAAUUUUCCAACGGGAUAGAUGAGAUGAAUCAGUUGGACGACCCGUCAGUAUUCCCAGCCGUGAUCGUCGAGCAGGUGCCCACCACCGACCUGCUGCAGGUCUACUCGGGCCUCGAGUCGGACGAGGUGACUAACGGCAUCAUGGUGGACACGAGUCUCAGCGUGGUGGAGGGACCGUCCAUCCUUUCAGAAGGAGUGGACCUCUCAGAAACGAGAGUUUCCCGAGCCGAUGACAGCAUGGAGACAAACGAAGCUGCAGCGGCUCUGCUGAACAUGGAGUCUCCAAAUAAUAUUUUGGAUGAGAAGCGAAUGAUUCACACCUACAACCAUCUGCUGGAGUCAGAGAUGACGUACGCUCCACUCAGGGUGGACCAAAUGGACAACGUUGCCCUUGACAUGUCUCUGGACGAAGACACAUCAUCCAUGGAUGAGAUUUCUCAUAAGAUUCCCUUAAAACCUCAGAAAAAAACCAAAGUGCGAAAGCCCCGGGUGGUGCGUCCCUGCUCUCCAAUCACAACCCCUAACUUGCCACUCAGGAAGAAGAGCAAAGAGGGCAAAGGCAACACCAUCUACCUGUGGGAAUUCCUCCUGGCUUUGCUGCAGGAUAAAAACACCUGUCCCAAAUACAUCAAGUGGACGCAGCGUGAAAAAGGCAUCUUUAAGCUGGUGGACUCCAAGGCUGUUUCAAAGCUUUGGGGCAAGCACAAAAACAAGCCCGACAUGAACUAUGAGACCAUGGGGAGGGCUCUCAGGUACUACUAUCAGAGAGGCAUCCUCGCCAAAGUGGAGGGGCAGCGGCUGGUCUACCAGUUCAAAGAGAUGCCCUCCGACCUGGUGGUGAUCGACGACGAGGAGGUGGGGUCUGACGCCAACGCUGGCUACGAGAGCCAGAGGGCCUCCAACGGGCGGGGCGUGGUCCGCGGGGGGUCCAAAGGCCACGGCAGGGCGCAGCACGUGUCUCUGAAGCCGAUGAAGAAAGAGCCCAGAGAUGAAUGUCUGUACCGGGAGGCGGACGGAGGACAGGCGGAGCAGCUGCUCCAUGUUUUACAGGAGAACCAGGCGCACGGCGUUCAGGACGCGGCGCACGCCGUCAGGACCAUCAGCAGCCCCGUGUCGUUACCGAUGGUUCUGACCUCCUCCGGCGCCCUCCAGUCGGUUCCCCUCACCGUUCUGGCUAACGGCGACUCCAGCCACUCCUCGCCUCCUCGGGUCAUCCUCCACACUGUUCCCUCCGCCGCCGCGGGGGGCAAAGACGUGCUCACCAUCCAGACGGCGUCUCUCGCCGGCGGUGCCGGCGGCCUCCAGGACGGCCUCCCGCAGCAGCUCCUGGUCACCAAUCUGGGCUCUUCCACCAUUUCCUCCUCCUCGGUCUCCUCCUGCUCCUCCCCUCCGGGAGUCAUCAGCUCCGCCGGCUCGGGUCUCAACGGCCUGCCCCGCCUCGUCACCAUCAACACCAGCGGCGGGCACGCCAUGGUGGCGCAGCAGCCGGGCACCGUCAUCGCCACGGUGCUGAAGUCCAGCGAUCUGUCGGCGCUGCAGGUCAAGGAGGAGAUGCUGGACUCCAGCUACUUCCAGUCGAUGGUGAACGGCGACCCGUCGCUGGCGGCGCACACAUUCGACAAGGAGGAGAUGGAGGCCGGCGAGGCGGAGCUGCAGUACAGGACUGUGAUCAUCGAUACCAGUCAAAGCCAAGCCCAGGCGCCGGCGAGCGAACCUUUAAUGAACGGACGUUACUCCCAGAGCAGCAGCCCCGGCGAGGGCUUGACCCCGGUGGAGGAGCUGGAGGUGCGCGGGGAAAUGUCUCUGCAGCCGGAGCCGGGGGUCAAAACCCUGCAGGAGCUGCCGCUCUCCGUCCAGCUGCCUGCAAACUUUAUCCAGAUAAAAAGUGAGCCUGCAGAGGCUUAGGGCCGCAGAACUCUUUCAAAACACACAAAGAAAUCGAAAUUAUUUUGACCACAGACUCGAUAUUUUCCUUUUCCAACCACAACGGUCUGAUUCCAACAUCAGAAGUGAGUGAACUUGCAGCAUGUUGCUCUUAAAAGUCAGUCAGUUCAGCCUCAGGAUUUAUUGUUUACUCACAUGUUAUGUGACCAUGUGCCUAAUUUCAAAAAAAUCUAGGGAGCGAUUAGCGUUUUGUUCUUUUUUAAGAAGUUAGCUUUCACAACAAGGAUUAUUCCGUGUAGAUAAAAAAAAAAUCCAAACGUGGGAUCAAUGUCUACGAUGAAAAAUGUGCCAGUCAAGUUUUUGUUUUUAUUUUCUAACGUUUGCAUCUCAUCGGACUAACGCUGUCAGAGGACAACAAACCAAAAACCAGGACUGAAUGCCAAACGGUGCAACAAGAAGGGACGCCUGAAGCAGUUUAAGUAGAGAGUGCCUUAUGAGAUGUUUGCAGAAAGAAUUACUGUUUAUUUUAAAGACAAGGAAGUUGAUAUUCAUUUAUUUUGAAACAGACAGAGUAGGUGUGCAUCUACUCUCUGUCAGCCCUGAAUUAAAACACUGUUAACAUGAAAAAGGGCAUUUUUCUGUGUGGAGCUGCAGACCGGAGGGCACAGCAAGAAAAGCAGAAUAAAAGUGAUUUAUUUCCAUUUCUCCCUCUGAUGCUCCACGGUUUAAGUCCUGUUUAUGUAAAACAAUAUAUAUAUGAAUUUAUAAAUAAAUAUAUAUACUGUAUGUAGACGUAUAAUAUGCAAUUGAGAUUCAAUUUUAAGGCCACAACAAAUUUAUUUAUUUUAUUAAUUCCUAAAUUCUGUAAAGAAAAGGCACAUUCGUUUUAUUUUUACGUGUAAACCUGAGGGAAGAUGAAAACGAAGAUACAGGAAGCCUAACUGGCUUUUUUUUUUCUUUUUGUAUAGCUUUCGAUAUAAUCAGCUUUGUUUAGUUUUUUUUUUAAAUUUCUGGUCUUAAAUGCUCAGCGCGGCAUCAUUAUUCUGCUGCUGUGAAUAUCUGUUAAACAUUUACUGAAUGAGCUUUUUGUUCCCUCUUUUCAGCGGAUAUACCUCUCUCCUUUUUCCAACAGUCGAGGCUGUGCUUUCAGAACUAUUGGAUUUUAUAUUACACAGAGUAUCAAGUGUAUCAGUCAAUACUGAUUUUCUGCUUAGAAUCUAAAGUUUCUACAUUUGUUAGGAACAAUAAAACCCGACUUAUUUCUCCCCUUUUUUUGUGUCUCUGGUCAGAGGAAGUUUGUGCCUUCUUAUUGUUUUUCUGUCCUGUUUGGUUAAGAACUCCCUUGUUUCUGUUGGGGAUGAAGCCAUAUUGAUCCCGAGUCGCGUCGCGGCCCAAUGGGCUGUUUUUUCCGGGUCGGGCCGAGCCGCCGAGCGAGGGAAACUCGGACUACCUGACCUCCAUAGUCUGCUUUACAAACUCACCAGAGCCAAAGAGGUCCACAUCCUGCAGGCACUCUGAAUGUAAAACAUGCUGGCACAAAAAUGUUUUGACAAUCAACAAAUACACUGGGUUAUAUUUGCAUUAAAAUCUGACUUUCUGUUAGGAUUAUCUUCAUAUGUAUUCUUAUAUCCUGUCUUUUUAUUUUUUCCUAAAGCACUGUGGUCUGUGAAUUGUUGAGGUAUGUCCACUGCAUUUUGUUUUGUUGCUUCUGUUGUCUUGGGUUGUCAAUGGCCUCCUUUUAUGCUGAACUUAGACUAGAUUUCUAAGAAAAAGUCAAUAUGCUAAUUAAAAAGAAAAUCUCCUCUCUACAUUA